UUAAAAAUGAGAUGGCUGGCGCCAACACUAUGUAAGAAUGGGUAAACAAUAUUAGAGGCUCCAUUCAGAAGUCGAGCUAGAGUUGGUUCCGUGAAAUUUCGCAAUAAGCGACAUGGAACAUUAAAAUUAAACUGUCCAGGAAAGAACCAAAGAGCAGAUGAUGCGACGCUAGUAUCUAGCCUAAUCAAUUGGAGCUUUUUUUAAAAUUAUAUAUGUGCUAGAAUACAAUAAAUACCACACUCCUUUGUUCUGGACCUUCAAAUUUUGACACAACUAUUAUGUGAGGACCAAACAACGCUUGUCUAUUCCAAAUGACUUUUGACUAGAAUGUCGGAAUAGCCAAUAUUUGAUGGCAAGAGAUUUUUAAAAUAAAUCUUCGGUCGUUCGUUGAACAAACCUGAGAUUUCUAUACGCUGUGAUAAAAUCAUAAUAAUUGCGUCAAUCGCCUUUGGAAUUAAAAAUGACCCCGUGGUAGGUUAUCUUAUCUACCUCAUCAAUGAUAUUAUUAUAGAUUUUGUACGAAAUACAUGUGUCAUCAUGAUAAUUUAUAACUCUACGUUUUAUUCAGUUCAGAACCUCUUGGAAGAAGGUGGCAUUCACUAGCAAAUAAACCUCUCUCAAAAAUAUUAAAUUAUCUGCUAGAAAAAACCAUGACCAUAUUUUUAUUGCAAUACAAACACUAUAGAAAAUAUUUAAAAAAACAUAUAUAUAGCAUCAGUUGAUCCAUGUGGUCCAUUAAAAUCAACGUUAACAACCUCUGAAACUUCACCUUUUUUAAGAUAUAGUAAAUGAUCUUUAUGUAGGAUGGACUCAAACCAGCGGAACAAGAGGUCAACAAUACCGAGGCAUGUAGCUUAUUACCAAAUGUAAUAUUUUAUUCAAAAUACAAAUUUGAUUAAAAUAUGAAACAACUGAAAAAGAAAAAGGAAAAAGUUAAGUAAUGUUUUACGUAAAAGUUAAGUACGUAAGAAACAAAUAGAAGCAAAAUUUCUAAUAUAUUUUAAUUUUAUCUGAGCAUUUAGUAAUUUAAAGUAUUUAAAGUAAGUAUUUAAAUACUUUCACAAGUUAUUUACAUACCAUUUCAAGUGGAAAAGAUCUUGAGCACCUGCGCGAGAACAUAAAGAAAAAUUAUUCUUUUUAUUUUAUCAAGUUAUAGGUUCACUAACCGUCAGACCUACAGAAAAAAUCAGACAACUUUACUACUUUUUGGAGUGGUUUAAUUUCCUUUGAGACUAAUCCUUCUGAAUAUUCCAAGUAUUACGGUGAAAUAAAAAAUGUGCAUAUUAUUCACAAUUUCUCUGAAAAUUUCCAAAUCUGGUGAGGUUGAUUUUGUUGAGAUGGAAAGUGUCUAAUAUUUUAGACAGGGGAUUGGUUGCCAGCGAGUGGUAGAGGGCGUGGUAUGGGCAUAUAAAACCGCUUGCCGACUUUCACCGGCCUUAAUACAACAUUCUUGUUUGUACAAACCGUUCAAAAACACUAUCAACAAAACAAUGGCCAGCUACAGUUUCAACACGGCGGAAGAAAUGAGGAGGAAGAAUAACAUUUCCAAAUUCCUCGAGGGCCUGUUGGAUGAGGAGGAUAGGACGGAAGAAAGUGGCUCGACUCUGGAAUAUCCUGACUCGCCAUGUCCCGAUCAGAACAACGGAAAUGGAAAGAAUAAAUCGGUACUAAUGCUGGAUGUUGUGCAAAGUCCAAUAAGAAGUGGAUAUGCACAAUUGCAGUAUUUACCAUCCAGCGAGCUCGUCGCUUUAAGCGCUUAUCCCGAACUAAUACAAGAAAACAUGGAUAACAUAUUGAAAAUUCCAUUUUCAAUAAACAAUAUUAAGCAUAGCGAUUCGCUUGUAUACAUUUACACGGGAAUCCCGGCAGCCAAUGGAUUUUUUAAUUUGGCUGAUAUGCUACCAGAGGAACAAAUUGUUGAAUACAGAGGGUGGGUUUUCGAGAAACUCACUCUACAUCAACAAUUACUUCUGACAUUAAUGAAGUUAAAACUCGGCUUGACCGAUAAUCAACUAGCCCAAAGAUUUAAGUGUAGAUUGGAAACGGUGGCUAAUACGAUGGCUGUUUGGCUGUUCGCUAUACACGACAGACUGUUUUCUCUAUUCGUCGGAAUGUUUCGAUGUCCGAAUAUGCCGGCGAAUUUCCAGGGGCCGUUCAUUCUCCACACGGUCACGGUCCACGUAGAAACGCCGAAGAACAGCCAGUUGCCUCACACGACACCGAAAGAGCCGUAUACAGGCAUAAUUCUCACAAAUGCUUACGGUUUGCAUAUGUUCGCAAGCUAUUUAUACUGGUGGCAAUGCGAGAAGAGUUAUGCCAUCAAUGAAUGCAACGUGCUCGGAGUUCUGUCGGAUGGGGACGUCGUCGCAAUCGAUCGUGAAGUAUUGGACGAUGUGAUAAUUCCCGAAGGAGUGGUUACACAACCUAUAGAUUUGUGUGACAAUCAGGUCUUGUCUAAGCGAGACUCCUUGAACCAGCGCUUAAUGGAGUACGAAAUCAUACGAAGUAUUCCAUCAGACCUCACAGACUUGACAGAUGUCAUAUGGCAAGUGGUGGUGACAUUGGAUAAUUACUGCCAUUUCCAGACCUUCAUGAAUUGAAUGGCUGGGACACAUCCACUACGAGCCAUAACUGAUGAAGGAGUUUGCCUACUGGCAAGAGUGAAAACUGCUCCGUAAGGGGUAGAAGAUGGGAUGCGACAGUUGUGUAACGUCCGAAGUUUCUUCGAUACGCAGAGUACCACGACGAUUAAUCACGUAAUCUGAUCUGCAUACUAUUAUGGUAUUAUUAAUAAAAGAUACGAAUGCGUUAUUUAAUGGUUUGUUUUUAUGUUGGACGAUGCGAGAUUACUUGCCUGGAGAGGAGGAGAAGUUCAGUCGGAAUUAAGGAUAGAAGAUGGGAUGUGACAGUUGUGUAACGUCCGAGUUUCUUCCAUACGCAGAGUGCCACGACGAUUAUUCACGUAAUCUGAUCUAUAAACUAUUUUUUACAGAAGAUACGAAUGCGUUAUUUAAUGGUUUAUUUUUAUUUUCGACGAUGCGACAUUACAUGCCUGGAGAGGAGAAGUUCAUUCAGAAUUAAGUACUGCUGAUUAUUAUGUAUUAUACCUUUGUUAUUUAUUUUAAUGUUUUAAUUUAUUUUAGAAUAACAGGUGUAAAAUGAAAUCCACAUACUUUAUAUUUCAUUGUAAAAUUAAAUACAAAAACUAUUGUCUUUUUAUGAGCGAGUUUGUAUUGUAUAAUAAUUGGUCAGGUAUAAAGAUUAUAAUUUCACUUACGCUUUAAAUUUG